CACUUUUUUCCUUUUCGCUUGUGCAAAUGUCCCUCGCUUCCGCUCACAUCACAAUAGACAAACUCACCGCCAGCUGGCAGCUAUUGUGCGAGCCUCACAAUAAUUCACAUGCGGCAUGUCAUGUCUGCCCGGUGCUUUCCUCUGCUCCUUGCCCUCCGCCCUCCAACCUUAUUUAUUAUUAUUUUUUUUCACAUACCCUCCAUCAUGCCUGCACCUACAUCCCUGAAUGCGCUUGCUGGCGGUGACAUCCUCAAGCGGGUGCUCGAGAUGGGCUUUCAGCCGGACAUCGCAGCCAUCUGUGUGCCAGCACAUUGGUUCUAUUUGCUGAAGUCGCGCGCCUUCUCGACCCUCAUAAUCCGCUCGGCGCGCCUAAAGCCCACUCUCACCAACCGAAUCACAAAAAUCGUUGCGCCCACAGCAAAGCCACCCAUCGUUUGGUACUCGAACAUCAACGCAAUUAUUGCCUCCGGCAUGGCCGGGUCAACCGGAACUGUGCGUAUAUUCGGCCGGGUGGGCGAAACGACAUUUGUCUCCUGCCUCGUGUCGCUGUUUGAGGGCCUCGGACUCAGUCGCGUUGCCUGGCCCAAUCUCGAGUCCUUGCGCAUCGAGACCCGCGUUGACUUUGACGGAGGCUACCCGCUGGAUGUGCUGGUGCAGCACACGCUGGCAUAUUUCGCACAGAACAUGCCUAACCUCAAGGAAAUCUACGUGCCGACAUGCGUUAUCAGCCCCUCCGUGUCGCCACUCAUUGAGGGCCUAAUAGUGCGUUCUCUCCCGAACCUAUCAUGUCUGCAUAUUGCACGGCCGUUCCCCAAAGUGGACAUCACAAUGUUUUCACAGAAUAUCACCAAGGUGAAACUGCACGGCCCGCAUGUCACAAACAUUGUGCCGUUGCCAGCCAUGUUCACUGACCAGCUCCGCAACCUGGAGCUGACCGAAAUCGACCCGUCGUUCCCGUGGUCGUUCCUGGCACGGCCUGGAUCCAACGUCAUUACUUUGCCCAACGUGGAGCGCCUGGUGCUCGAUUUUGACAGGUACGGCAGGCAAAUUGUGUCGGUAAAGAGGUUCCCCAUGCAGAUCGUGUGCGCGAGGGUCAAAACGCUGGUGAUCAAAUGCGCGCUGCGGUUCUACGACGACUUCUACUCUGCGAUUUGUGUCGAAGCACGGAACAGGGUUGAAAUCUGGGAGUCAUUGCGCAAGCUGCAGUACAUCGACAUGGACAUUAUCCGACAGGCCACCAGGCUCUGCGUUACGCCAUAUUACGUCGGCGGCGAAUCCAAUGGAAACAUGUCCGAGUUCACACAAAAGGUAUUCGAUACUCAGCUGAUGGCACGGUGUCUCAAGACCAGCAUCCAGCACUUUCCAAAUCAGUACCCGGUCCCCUGGCCAAACCUGCGACACAUUGAGCUCACUGUUGACGUGCUGAAGUGGCCGGCAAUCGAGCAGUUUGUGAAAAGCCAUCCGAGGCUCUGGUACCUCAACAUCACAUGCAUCACGCGCUACAACCACUAUGGCGAGGGAGUGAUAGCUGGGGAGAUCCAUGAUUUGCCGUCAGAGCACACGAAGCUCUUCUCUACCAAACUGCAGGUGCUCCAUAUCAACGAUUUCAGCGACUGGUCGAUGCAGUAUAUUGCCUGGAUCAAAAAGAUGAUACUCUCGGCACCGCUGCUCAUUGAGCUCAUACUGCCACGAAAGUACACGGCACAUUUUGCAGAGUUUGCCAAAGCAAACAACCGGGACAUUUCCUUCAGUAUCAAGUAGACGCCAUAUGCACUUGGGCAGUUGCCAAAUAAAUGCUUUACUUUCUGUAUUGAC